GGCAUUUGAAUGAAACGACGUCGUCGCCUUUUUGGGCGUCUUUGUUAGUGAGGAAGCGCAGAAGCUCAUUUCAAGAGGGAUGGUGAAAGGGGAAGUUCUAAGCGCCUACAGAGCGUUGCUCAGGGCAACCAAGAAGUCUUUCGCCGGCGAUACCUUGAUGCUGAAGGAGUCCGCUGCCGAGGUUCGUCGGAAGUUCGAAGAGAGCCGCCAUGUGACUUCAGAUCCCGAGAUUCGUAAAUUGCUCGAAGAAGCUCGGGAGGCCUCCCAUUUCAUCUCUAAUAUGAUCGUUCAGGCCAAGCUCACUUCUCGCGGCGGCUAUGAAAUGAAGCCGAGUAAAGAACAUGCUGGUGCUACACUAGAAGUUCCUUCUGAAGAGCUUCUGCGCAGAUCUAAAUGAGGAGAUGAGUCGAUGGAUGCUGAAUUUCUCUGCAAUAGUUGCUUAAAUUUCAGCUAUUUGCUUCACUAAUCAGGAUUUUUUUUGAUACUUUGAAGAAUUUGGAACCUUUUUCUGUUUACUCAUUGGGAGUCUAAAUUUAUUUGUGCUGGGUCAAAUAAACGAAAGUUGUUGCUAUGUGUCACGGUCAUGCUUGUCCAUGACCUGUUGUGGAGUCUAUCCACGGCCAAGAAAAGUGUGAUUGUAACACUCUGGAUCUUUUGUGUCGGGGCGAUUGGAAGUCCCAGUUUUUUUUACCCUUUUUAGCC